CCUACCUGUGUGGGGCCCUGCAUGUGCGAUUGCUUUGCCAACUUAACUCCACCAAUUUGGAAACCACGACGCGAUCGACGCGCUUGUUCAGCGAAACCCGGACCGCCGGACCUGAUCGCAUCACGAAAAAAAAGAAUAUCCAUCCAGUGUUCUUCCACUUUUAUCCGUCCAAUCACUGCAGGAGCGAGCCAGCCGAUUGAGACAAUAUGCAGCCGCAGUACCGUGGCUACGCACAACAACAUGCGCCCCCGCGGGCAGGAGGGGGAGGACAGCAUGUCCCACAACGCCGAGGCGGCAUCGGCCCCAUGAUGUCCGCCGGCCCUCACCACUCGGUGCCCAUGACGCAGGCGCAGAUCAACCAGCAGCACCACCAGCAGCAGCAGGCCAACCACCUAGCGAAGUUGAGGAGCGGCAAGCCGACAGACAAGAACCUGCCCGAUGGUGUCGAGGAAGGGUUAUCCGCAGGGAGCGAUGUGGCCGCCUGCUACACGCAGCUCCGCGACUUGGAGCGCCGGCUCGAUGCCACCAUGACGCGCAAGAGGCUGGACAUCGUCGAUUCGUUGAACCGAAACACGAAGCGGUACAAGACGUUGCGCAUCUGGGUCAGCAACACCGUCGAAGACCAGUUCUGGCAGGGUAACGGCCUCAACGUCGACACAUUCGACUUUUCGUCCAACCUUGAAUCCUCAUACCGCGUCAAGAUUGAAGGUCGGCUACUCGACGACGAAGACGAGGUGGAAGCGGACGAAGACCAGCGCAAGGGUGAUGACAACGAGGCAGAGGCCGACAAGAUGGAAACGGAUAGCCCGAGCAAGACCAAGGCCAAACCCGCGCCUGCCGCCAAGCGACCGCGGCUGUCGCACUUUUUCAAAGCCCUCACGGUGGACUUUGACCGUCAAAAGCCCGGCCGCCAGGGUGCGGACACCAGCGUGGAAUGGAAGAAGCCGGAUAGGACACCCGCUGGCGCCGGCAACCUGCCCGCCAUGGCUGACUUUGACGAGUUCACCUUCAAACGCAACGGCGACGAGAACAUGAACAUCACUAUCAACCUGUUCCGGCACGAAGACCCCGAGCGCUUCGAGCUGACGCCUGCGCUCGCCGACAUCAUCGACAUGCGCGAGGCAACGCGCCAGGAGGCAGUCAUGGCGCUGUGGGAGUACAUCAAAUUGAUGAACCUACAAGAAGACGAGGAGAAGCGCAACUUCCGGUGUGACGAUCUCCUGCGAAGGGUAAUCCCCCGCGAGACGGGUUACAUUCCCCACCUGAACGACUACCUCACGCCGCACCUGCGGGCGCUCCCGCCCGUGAAGCUGGCCUACACGAUCCGCGUGGACGAGGCCUUCCACAAGGACGCCCAGCCGACCGUGUACGACGUGCGCGUGCCGGUCGACGACCCGCUGCGCUCGCGCCUCUCGCCCUUCGUCCACAACCCGCAGUACGCCGCCAUGCUGAAGGAGGUCGCCGGGCUCGACGACCAGCUCGCCGUCCUCAUCCAGGCCGUCGCCCAGUCCAAGGCCAAGCACACCUUCCUCGCCUCCAUGGCCCGCGACCCCGUCGGGUUUGUCAAGGGCUGGCUGAGCUCCCAGAAGAGGGACCUCGAGGUCAUCAUGGGCGAGGCCACCCGCGGCGGCGGCGAGGAUGCUACCGGGGACGAGUGGCGUCGCGGUGGUCGGGAUAGUGUCUGGGCUACCACCAACGCCCGCGAGAGUGUGAAUGUCUUGUUGGCGAAGCAGCCUGCAAGGGCAUGAGAGGGUUGAAGGAGCUUGGGGAGGACUGAGGAAGGUUGGUGGGAUGGGGUGUGCUAUAAAAGGCGGCGUUGUUAGGUAGGACAGGGAGGCGGCGUUACCCUUCUUUUUUUACCCCCUUUUUGGUUGGUUAUGUACUUUUACUUUCCAUACCUGCCUUACGUCGUGGCGACCGGUGGUCAGCCAACUAUACCAUCCGUACUGGAUCCAGUGCAGGAUAAUGGAGCAGUAUCACUGUGCGCGAGUAGAACGAAGAGUGUCCCGUUGGAAACCGUGA